UCAUACCUGUUUUGUGUGCGCUUCGAAGUUGUGUGAAAUGCCCCGUAUUUCCUCGCAAGGUUGUGUCUUGCAGUUCUGAGUGUUUUGUUUUGCUAUUCGUGUGGCGCCGGUGUGCUUCCCAUUACUGUGGAUUAAUCAAGUGCAACAGUGAAUCCUUCGCUCUGCAACUCAACUUUGCGGCCGCCGGUUCAUCGUCGGAAUUCUCACUGACGAAGUCACUGCCAAGGCGAAGCCCCUUACUUCAGUAAAUGGCUGCGAGAGCAUGUGUGCUCUUGCAGUAGAGCUGCCAGCCAAUCUUCUCGACUGCCACGAAUGUUCGGUCAACAUGAGGACCACUGGGGCUGUGACAACGGCAGGGCAUACGGCAGUGGCGGCUGCGUUGAUUCUAGGAAGCUGGUGUCGGGGCCCAGAGAGCCGUUGUUCGGCGACGGGGCCGGAAGCCACUGCUGCGCAAGCAGCGACCCCUACGGGGCCAUACAUACUCUCUGGUCACCGAUGCAGGGAGAGAGUGAUGAGGCACAAGAGGAUAUUAUAGACGGCCCCCUGUCCAAUUACGCGCUUCCCAAAUGUGACCAAAAUUUUGAUGGUUGGUCUGAGAUGAGUCUGGUGACAAAUGUAGUUCUCAAGAAGCGGAGGAAGCCUGAAAGCAAACCCCAAUCGCAGUUGAAAAAGUGCCUUAAUGAGAAACAUAGGAGGGAGCAGGAGAACAUCUACUUAGAGGAACUAGCAGAAUUGAUAUCUGCUAGCAUUUCUGACAUGAAUUCCCUGUCCGUCAAGCCAGACAAGUGUGCCAUACUACAGGAGACGGUCAACCAGAUACGCCGAAUCAAGCAGCAAGAAAGCGGACAGAGUGAUGACUUGCAGCAAAGCGAGGUUUCCUCAAGCAAACCUACCAUCUUGGGAAGCGAUGUGUUAGGACCGCUGCUGCUAGAGGCACUUGACGGAUUUUUGUUUGUUGUGAACACAGAGGGAAAAAUUGAGUUUGUGUCCGAAAAUAUUACUUCAUUCAUCAAGUACACACCUGAAGACUUAGACGGGAAGAGCAUCUACAACAUCAUCCACCACGGGGACCAUGGGCGCUUCAGCAGUAAUCUGCUGCCAAUGUCCAUAGGUAAUGGUUUUGGCUGGUCCUCGGAACCCCCUCCUGCAUCAAGUAAGAGCCGCUCGUUCCACUGCCGGUUCCUUGUCAAGCCCCCCGAUGCCGCCGAGGAGACUAUGGAAGAGAAGCAGACCCGCGUGUCACAAUAUGAAAACAUGCAGAUCUCUGCCAUUUUCCUGCCCUACCCUGGGGACAAGAACAGUGAGAAUGCCGACUCCGAUUCUGAAGUUCAAAACUGCCUUGUUUGUGUUGCCCGACGCAUCCCGUCGAACGAGAAAAGCCCUGCCUCUGUAGGUGUCGAGCAAUUUACUACGAGACUCGACCUCAGCGGUAAAAUCCUUGCCGUCGAUACGAGUGGUGUAUCGUCGACUUACAGUCAGUACCUCAACAAAUCAUUGGUCGGACGUGCUAUUCAAGAGCUCUGCGAUUCAAGGGAGCUCCAGAAGCUCGACCAGCAUCUCAAAGAAACUCUGCAUCAGGGUUUGCACACGAGCACCAUCUACCGGCUGAAGGUGUCUCACGACAAAUCCCUGCUGGUGCAAACGAAGAGCAAACGCUUCAACUUCAACCAGGUUACAAACGAGCCUGAGUUCAUCAUGGCCACGCAUUCCAUAAUUAGGGACAGCGAAGCCCCUUCAGAAGAAGCUCCGAGCCCGAACCCACGAAGUACUCCACAACCCGUCAACGGGUCUUCCUCCUCUACGACUUCGUCGUCCACGUCCUCGACAUCAACAGCAGUGGUGGGUCUGAACGGAACUGUGACCACUGUGCAACCGGCACCUUCUUUCUCCACAUUCCACCUGAGCCCACCAGGUGGAAGCCAAGACUUUCAGCUCCACGACCUCACCAUGGAGAUGUUCCCCUCAUCGAGUUGGGACGAAGAGCCUCCCACUGAAUCUCCGGCACAGCAGCCACCGCCCCCCGAGAGCCCUGUGCCUUAUGCUCCAUCCUCCUUUGCGGAUGAGAGCGCGUCCGCAUCGUCUGCACAGAAGCUGCGCAACCUGCUGACACAGGGUCUGGAUGAAAGCGGGGGGAACGGCGGAGCAAAUGAUACUCCCAGCAGCAGCAGAGAGGAGGGUGGGCGGGCCGAAAACGUCAUCCUUAGGGAGCUCCUGAACCAGGAAGAUGAAGAAGGCGAAUCGUCGGCAGCAGCAAACGUGCGGAAGUGUGACAGCGGAGGGAACAACAUGUUGCGAAGGUUGCUGAAUAAUGACGACAACAGUGAUAAGAGUUACCGCAAGUCCCAAGACCUGCUCAUUCAGCAGCUGCUGAAGGCUGAAUCUCCCGACAAGCCUGAAAGCAGCAGCACGGGCGGUCACGCUGGGAUAUCGGAAGCUGGUGGCAACACGGAUACCCUGCUGAAGCAGCUGGGAAUCGACCCCAAUAAUUUGGGUGGCGAAAGUAGCAUCUCUGCGGCGCCCGUCAAGCGCAAGUCUUCGGAGGACCCCUCGGAACUCAGCGGCAGGGCGAUAACUCCGGAUGGGAUGCAGUCCAAGAGGCCAAACGUUUCGCCACAGCAACCGCAAGGACGGAUACCUACUAUUUCUGCCCAAAUUGCUUACGAAAAGACCGCCUCCAUCGCGGUACACAUCCUCAAGAAUGCACGAGGCAGAAUGAUUCAGGGUGGUAGCGUGACCUAUAGUCAAGAAAUUAAGGCCCAUCUGGCUGGGCAGAACCCUAUGUUGGCAUCGAUGUUGGCACAAACACCAAGACCAGUCCCAUCCGUUCCCACCUCAAUAGCCAAUUCGAUAGUGUCCCAGCUGCCUCAGGACAGGCUACCGAAAAACCUCGAAAAGAAACUAAUCCACACGCCACCAACUGGUGCUGCCGCGGCUGGAUUGGCUGUGUCGGCUACCACCAGUGCGACUACGGCUGGUGGGGCUGUAACAACGGCAUCUCUCCUGCAGCAGCAAGGCAACAAGCCAAUCCGGGCGCUCUUGGGGCUUGCACAGCAAGACGGUGCCCUUUCGCUGCAACAGCAGUCGCAGCAGCGUGCGUUUGGUGGUGGCGGAGGACUGAUUCACCAGCAACCACAACAGCCCCAGCAACCUGCGCUUCAGCAGCAUCAGCAGGGUUUUCUCAGCAAGAUCCUGAUGACAGGAUCCGAGUCUGCUCAGCGUGCCCAGCAGCAACAAUCUCAAUCACAAUUUGGCACGACAACAAGUUACGCCCCCGUGCAGCAGCAGCAGCAGCAGACGACGACAGGAGGAAGUGUCCGAAUCCCCAGCAGUGGUGCGAGUGCUGUGUUGUCCGAGCUCUUGGCAGAGACACGGGCCAUUCAGGGGUCAAUGGGAGGGGUCAGUCAAAUGAGCAUGGCGCUUGGAGCGGCGGCCGCGGCAGCAGCUGCAAACCCAGCACCCGACCCUUUGCUCUCUCAAAUUCUUGAUGAGGUCUGGAGCAUGCAGCAAGAGCUGAGCAUUGAACCGAACACCACAUCGGAUGACACCAUGCUGAUGCACCUCUUGGAUGAGGUGCUGGACAAUUCUCCUCCAGUUGCAGCAGCAGCUCCCUCUCCUGCAGACCUCAAUGAGAAGCUAGCAAUCAAUGCUAUUCAGCAGCAACUGAUGAGCUUUGAACCUUCUGCUUCCUCUGCUGCUCAGCAAGGGCCACCCCCAAUAUACAGUCAGCAACAGCAGCAGCAGCAACAACAACAACAACAGUCUCAGCAACAGGGUUACCAACCUCCUCUGUAUGCAACUGCGCAACGUUCGCGCCUGCCUUCUCAACAGCAGGUUGUGCAACAGCUCCAGCAACAGCAGCAGCAGGGUCUUAGGCCUGGUCUUGCACAGUACAUUGCAGCAGGCGGCAAUGUGGCCAAUGUGCCACCACAGAUGCGACGCAAUCUGUUAGAGCGCCGGCAGAAGAUGUUUCUACAGCAACAACAGAAGCGUCUUCUAGCGCAGCAGCAACAACAGCAACUUACGAUGCAGACGCAGCAACAGCCAGUGGCUGACCCUUUUCCUCCAGAGAAUAUGAACGACUUGCUCAACCACUCUGUGGCGCCCCCUAAUAUUGCCAUACAGAGCUAUCAGCUGGGCCAGGGCAAAGACACUGUGCAGGAGCGCAUGCUGAAAAUGCUAAAGCCAGUGAGUGUUCAACGAGUUUACAACCCUAAGAGCCCCUCCCAAUCUCAUGACGGAAGAGGAAGCAAUUCGCUGCCCCUCUUUCAGCGCACGCCUACUUCAGUUCCCAACGAAAAUUCCCAACUGUCUCCUCGUUACGGUGGGGGAGUCCUCAGUCCACCACAGGGCAACCAGCCCCAACUCUCUCCAGGCGGGCAGCGCUACUCUCCCAGUCAGCAGCAACAACCCUUUCCUAGUCCACUGCCAUACCAGCAGCAACAGGGGGGACCUGGCUCCCCUCACAUGGCCUCACCACAAAGCAGUGGAACACAGGGGCCGCCUCAGUGGGGAAACCCCACCCCACGCUCCUCAGCCUCCUUACAGCAGCAGAAUCCUAUGCUCAAUGCUCAGUUGUCACAGGGCACGUUUGCUGCACAACAACAGGCUCGAUUUGUGAACCAGGUUCGACAGCAGCAGCAACAACAACAGCAGCAGCAGCAGCAGCAGCAACAACAACAACAGCAGCAGCAGCAACAACAACAGCAGCAGCAGCAAAUGGCAGCUGCAUUGCGUUCCAUGCCAAGCCCUGGUGGAGGGGCUCCCAAUGUUUCUCGCAACCCUUCCCCGUUCCCCUCUGGCACAGACCAGUUCCCCCCUUCUCCUGUGGGGUCCAUGUUCUCUCCCUCGCCUGGCCCUCCCACAGCAUCGCAGCAGCAGCAGGUUAGACUGCAGCGCACGAUGUCCGUCCCUGCUCGAGUGAACUCUCCACGUACGCCACAGCAGCAGAGUUUUGUGGGCAGCGACCCCCUUCUGUCACCACCGGGCCAGCCUCCUCAAAUGUCGCCUGGGGGUCCCAACGCAACGGCAUAUUCAUCCGGAGUGUCCAGUGCCUCGACGUCAGCACCAGCUUUCAACCUGGCACAGGAUGCCUCGCAGCAGUUCAGCUUUGACCAGCAAACCCUGCAAAUCUUCUCUUCUGGAGCUAACAGUGACAGGGGGCGAGGUCCAGGGGUAAGCAGCAAUAUGACAGAAUACGUCCGACAAGAGCUCAGGGCCAUUGUAGGUGCUCGAACGCAGCAUCACCAGCAGCAGGGGCAGGCCCAGCAAAUGUCUGGUCUUCAUCAAGUUCCAAGUCCAGCCACGAGUGCGAGCCGGUCUCUCUGUCAGGCGGACUUGGAAGCACUGGGCCUUCAUUUAGAAAUGAAUCCCAAUGAAAGCCAACCCUCUUCUCCGAGCCUUUUCUCCCAGUCAAUGAUGGGUGUGGGCAACAAUCAAGAACCCUCCGUGUCCGGUCUUCCCGCUCCCAGCCCCCGGCAGGUAGAAGAGGCAGCCAGACCGGGCAAGAGCUUGCUCCAACAACUGCUCUCCGAGCCCACUUAGUCCUUGCUCGAGAGAGAGACUUUUACGGGCAAGAGCCACUGCAAAGUGGAGUGAUCAGUUGGAACGACUUAAUGUACAAAAAAAAGAAAAAGACGCGAACAUUGAGAGACAUCAAAGUGCGCACCACGUACUCAUUCCUCUACGUUGGAACUGUGAGGGUCUACCACGUGUGUGUGUGAGUGUGUGCGCAUCUUCCUUGUCGUGCAACAACACAACUUUGUCGGUUUAGUCCGUUAGACUUGUGGUGCAGUGUUGCGGAGCCGUGGACUGUUGUCAGAAGGGACUCCGUGUUUUUCUUUUUUCUUCUUCUUCUGUACAUACAUACCUAAAUACCUUUCCUCAUCGUCUGCAGCGAUCUCUCAGGUGCGUGCAUGGUGUGGGACGUGCACUGGUCCGUCGCCUACCUUUGCCAGCGGCCAAAGCGUCGCGUGUACAUAGUUGCGGCGUUUUUUUGUCGUUACUGCCGCGGUUGACUUUGUUUUGUAGUCAAGUUAUUAGACUUUCCCCCCCCUUGUACAUAGACAGUUGUUUUGAAGUUUGAAGACACAUGCACUAGUUCUUUAAAUCCCUCACUUUUGUAGCUAUUCUGUUUUUUUUUUUUUUGGCUUUAUCAGUGAAAGGUCUCUCUGGCAUGUACGUUUCUUUUCUUCUUCUUUUUUUUUUUUUUGUUGUAGUUUUCUGGAUCUCGAAAGCCCUGCGCACCAUUUGGUCCUGUAACACUCUCUCCGUUUUAUUUUGCUUUCUGCUCUGGAAAGUCCGAGAGAGAAGUUUUGGAAACAGGUUACGUUUUUUAAGCUGUGUUUUCUUAGGCGGAGUCUUUUUAAGCCACAGUUGCUUCCUCUGAGUAGUCUCGUUUCUUAUAUGGGAAAGCUCUUGUGAGAUUAUGGAUGUUUUCUGAGAAAGGUCUGUGAUAAUUUUGCCUUGUAUGUUGAAGUGGUUUGCUCGUUGUACAGCCAGCUGUUGAAGAGGCUUUCCCAUAUGUAUGUGUUUCACUUGCUGUUUUACGAUAUUUGAUUCUGCUCAAUUCUUUAGUUACCUGAAAGAGGAAAAAGUACUGUGGGAACGUAGCUUUCUUUUCUUUUUUUUUUAACUUUUGUGUAACUUGCAUGUUCUGCUCUUCAGCUUCUCUUUUUUUUUUUUUCAUCUGACCCUGUUCAGGGUGCUUAACUACCUCAGGCAAGAAGGCGGGAUUACUUCAUACUUUUUCCUCCUCUUCCACCUGGUGUUUUUUUUUUUUUUUUUUUAAAUAAACUGUCAGUGCAUGUGGAAAUCUCCAGUUCAUCCCUUUUGCUGCUAACUUUUCUUUUAUUUUCUGACAAGGCGUGAGGCUUAGAUCAGGACUGUGGACUUACACGCCCCCCCCCCCCCCAUUCUCUUUUGCGAUGGUCUGUCCCCCUUUUUCUAGAAUUUUUUUUUGCGACCCUUUCUUCAUCAAUGACGUUCCUCAGUUUUUCGCGAUACCUGAGAGGAAACGCUGCAUUUGUGUAAUAAUGUCAUAACACCAACCCUGUUGAGAUUUAAGAUGCCGUUUGCCGUUUUUCCUGACGUCUAAGAAUUUUUGAUUCGCGUUUAUCGCAGAGCCUGUUGGUAGAUGACUGUAUAGGCCUAUUCUACGAUAUUGUCUCCUCGCAUGGGAAAAAAAAAAAUCACUCUCCAUGAAACCAUUACCUGUUCUGUCCAAUCCACAGUGCUUGCACAUAAGUGGACCAACCAUGUGCAGAGAAGGUUUGAAGGACAAAAGAAAAUAUGAUAGCACACUACUGUUCAAAGCUGCUAUUUCGUGCCUGACAUUCAGAGAAUCCCCGUUUGUGUUAUCUUUAAAGAGAGUCAUAACAACAAACAACAAAAAAAAGAGAGAGAACUAUUAAAAACACUUGUGCCUUGUUGUGAUUGUCACGGACUCUGCAGAUGGCAUGGGAGGGGGACAGAAGGCAAGCGGGAAAGAAAAGAGGUCUUGGCUGUUUCGUGAUUCUGUGUUGCGAGUGGAUAUAAAUAUAUAUAUAUAUAUAUAUAUUAUAAAUAUAUAUAUAGAUUAGACAUAUAUAGUCAUUUAUAUAUGUAUAUGUUGAGGGAAAAGCUUUAGUCAAACGGCGAGAGUACAAGUCUAAUUUUUCCGUUCCGUUGAAGGGCUGUCGAUCUCCGAUACAACAGGUGCUCUUUUCAUGGAAAGCUGUCUACACAGUUAACGGUCCACACUUCUAUAGCAGCUCAAAAUGUCGCAGAAGCAGUACACAUUGCCAGUGACCGCCUGCCUGACUUUUUCCAAUUUUUUGACAUCUUCUAGGGCCUUAACGACUGUUAUUAUUCUGCUACUACAUACUAUCUUAUACACAGAUAUAUGAUACUACUUCUGUUGUUCUCUAGAGAGGAUAAAUAUUUGUCUUGUAAAGAUUUGCGAGAGCGAAGACAGAGGUUUAUGAUAUUUUUGUAAUUGUCGUCGCAGUCUGUAGACCUCCCGGGGGCUUGUAGAAUAAUUCGUGACCUACUGUUGUAUGAUGUGAGAGCGUUUUGGUUGCUGUUGAUAGUGAAUGAGGGAGGGAUGAGCAAGGUUGAGAUAUUUUUCUGUAUAAAAGCAAAGAAAUAGCACUUAUUCUCUUUCCCUCUUUGUUUCCUCCCCCCCUUUUUUUCCUUUUUUUUUUCUUGUACAGUAAUACAAAGGUAGGGGCUGUCCUCCCAUCCUGAGCUUUUGAUUCGUUAGCCAGUGUGAAGGGGGCGUUAGUCUUUGACCUCCAAGUGUUGUAUAAUAUGAUCGUUGACAGAAGACAUGUAGUAUAUGAAGAAAAAUUACAAAAAAAGCAAAUCGUGUUCUUGAUUUGUGGCAAUGCACUGUGAGUUUUUUGUUGUAUACAAAAUAAUAUACUAUUAAACAUCAGCAUGUAAGAAGUUACAUGUGAACUUAA